AUGCAAGACGCCGCCGAGAAGACCGAACCGAUGACGGGCGAACAGUCAUUGACACCCACGGAGGAGGAACCCAUUCCCGCUGAGGUGGCGUUGGUUUCGUCAGAGCCCGAUGGCCAGACUAUCAAGGAGGGCUCCCAGCCUGGCACGAAAAAGGAACCCAUUUACGAAACCAUCGCCGAAGUCAAAGCGCGCUUGGCCGAGCUCGCGGAGAAGCAACAAGUGACUACCCGAUCAUCCAACGACAACAGCCUGGAGAGCGACAACAGCCUGGAGAGCGACAACAGCCUGGAGUCCGAAGAUGCCACAUUGGUCGUGCAGGUCGAAGCCCAGGUCCACGCACCUCCGCCCAGCUCUCCCAGACUUAGUGAUGACCUCAGCGUGCAGGACGACCUGGACUAG